CUUCCUGCCUUCCCUCCCCGGCCUCCGAUGAGGUGGAACCCACGGAUCGCCCACAGUUGGGGUUUUAGGAAAAGACACCAGGAUAUAAAAUCUACAAAACUUCUGCAGCGGAUGCUAAGACUACAGAGCUCUUCCCUUUCACCCCGCCAGUGGCCCCAAUUCAUCUUUCUCUUUUGACCUAAGCUUUCCACCUGCCCGGAAGCAGAAGCGCCAAGCACUCCGAAGAGCGGCUGGCCUGGCAGCCGGGUGAGGGUCAGGCGCUCUGUAAGGUAAGCGCUGCCUGGACGUUAGGCUUGCCGCUGCUGAGCUGCUUAUCAUGAUGACUGUUAUUAAUAUUAAUGGGCCCAUCCUUUUCUUCUCUCUCUACUUCCUACUUUGUCCCUCUGGCAGGAAGCCGAGGCAGGCCUCAACAAGCCUCCGGAGCCGCCUGUGCGCACUCUUCCCAGGCCUGAGCACAGCACUACCACCUCAGCACCGAAAUGCGGACACCAGGGAAACCAGCAAACGCUGGCUUUUAUUUCCCAGAGAGGUGCUUACCAUUUAUCAGCAUCCUGUACCGAGGACGGACACCCACCAACACAGAGGUGCCAGCGAAGCGAGGCAAAACCACGCAGCCUUCCGCUGAUGGCGCCGCGGGGAACCGCGCUGCGCCUCCCUGCGCUCUCCUGUCUGUCGCUCAGCAACGGAAACGCUGUUUGCUCAUUUGCGACCUGCGGCUCCUGCCACCCAGAGUCAGGGCACAGUACCAGGUGCUGGCACCUGCUGGCUGGCUGGGGACGCUUCCCAGGACCCUGCCCAGCUCUCAGACCGCCCACCCUGCACGGAAAAUCUCCCCGCUCCUGGGGCCCUCGGGCCUGCGCUGGGCUGCUUCCAGUUCUAAAGACUGACCUGAAAGCCUGGGGGUGUGGCUCAGCCCCGGGGCCAGCGGACCCUCUCCCGGCCGGCCGCUGUAUCUGCACUCUUCCCUCCUCCCCCUCCACGGCCCGCUCGGGCCAGCCCACCUGGGUGACUCCCCGGUCUCAGAAACCCCAAGCUCCCUCCACCCCCCGCCCAAGUGAAACAGCGUUUGCCAGAGAGGCCGGAAGACCCGAGUACUUUAUUAUUAAUAAAAUUUGUAAAUACAAAGCAGGAGUUCUCCCCUCGGCUUCUCUCGCCUCUCCGAAAGAUGCCAGGGUCAGGAAUCCUGCUCUGCACGGGAAGCCAUCUGCUUCAGAAAUCGGAGCUGCACUUAAACCGUGGAAGCCGCAGUGCCAAAAGGCAGAGCCCGGGGCCGUAUCUGUCGGGCAGGCUCGGGCUCCUGCCCUGGGCCGCAGCCAAGCACCAAAGAAAAGCCACAGGCGCGAUGCUCAGCGGCCUGAGCACCGCUGUCUUCGGACUUUUGUUUUUGAACUUUCGCUUUUGCUUUGUUUUGCUUUGGGCCAAUGCAGCCGCGGUCACCACCGGGAAGGGACACAGGCUGAGGGGUCGGCAUGUCUUCCCUCCCCGGAAAUGCGUGGCCAGGUGCUGUAUCUGUCACUUUUUUUUGGGACACACGUCUCAAUCUCUUCUUCAGUAUGCGUUGAGGUAAAACCCAGAGCUCUCAGGUGGGCGGCUGAGUUGGUCAGAGUGCCCCUGUCACACUAGCUAACAAGAACCUGGGAAGGAAAAUUAACCCUUAUACCUACCCCCAAGCAAUCAGAUACGAUGAGAAAUAAAGCUGAUCACUUGGGGUUCAAUAACCUUGGGCAAGGUACUUACCACAGGGGCUCCUCAUGGUUAGUUCUGGACUAUGUUGUCUUUUCUUUUCUUUUUUUUUUUUUUUUUUGAGACAGGGUUUCACUAUGUAGUCCAGGCUGCCCUU